CACAAUGUCACAGCCAUGGUUGGAGCCGGUGUCCUUAGCUUACCCUAUGCUUUGGCUCAGCUUGGUUGGGGUCCGGGCAUUACUGUCCUCGUUAUCUCAUGGAUCAUCACCCUGUACACCCUCUGGCAAAUGGUGGAGAUGCACGAGGUGGUUCCUGGAAAGCGUUUCGACCGGUAUCAUGAGCUCGGGCAGCAUGCUUUCGGGGAGAAACUUGGGCUUUGGAUUGUGGUGCCCCAACAACUUAUUGUUGAGGUCGGGGUGAAUAUUGUUUACAUGGUCACUGGUGGAAAAUCUCUCAAGAAGUUCCAUGAUCUUGUUUGCCCUGACUGCAAGUCCAUCAAGCUCACCUACUUCAUCAUGAUCUUUGGCUCGUGUCACUUUGUUCUAUCGCAACUCCCCAACUUAAAUUCAAUUUCAGGUGUCUCCCUGGCUGCGGCAGUCAUGUCCUUAAGUUACUCCACCAUUGCAUGGGCAGGUGCACUGCACAAAGGGAAGCAAGAAAAUGUAGACUUUGGGUACAAGGCUUCGACCACGUCGGGAACAGUUUUCAAUUUCUUUGCUGCACUGGGGGAUGUAGCUUUUGCUUAUGCUGGCCACAAUGUUGUGUUGGAGAUUCAAGCAACCAUCCCCUCCACGCCUGAGAAGCCUUCUAAGAAGCCAAUGUGGAAGGGUGUCGUUGUUGCCUACAUCGUUGUGGCUAUUUGCUACUUCCCAGUUGCCUUGAUAGGUUAUUGGGCUUUUGGCAAUACUGUCGAGGACAAUAUCCUUAUCACCCUUGAGAAGCCUAGUUGGCUCAUUGCCAUUGCCAACAUGUUUGUGGUCAUUCAUGUCGUUGGGAGCUACCAGAUAUAUGCCAUGCCAGUUUUUGAUAUGAUAGAAACAGUUCUUGUCAAGAGCCUGAAGUUCCGUCCGAGCCUAAUGCUGCGCCUAAUUUCUCGUUCAGUUUACGUUGCAUUCACCAUGUUUAUUGCCAUAGUCUUCCCCUUCUUUGGAGGACUCCUUGGAUUUUUCGGUGGCUUUGCAUUCGCGCCAACUACAUACUUCCUUCCAUGUGUAAUGUGGCUAGCUAUCUACAAACCCAGAAGGUUUAGCUUGUCUUGGUUCACUAACUGGAUAUGCAUUAUCCUUGGGGUUUUCCUGAUGAUCUUAUCUCCUAUCGGUGGACUAAGGCUGAUUAUUAUACAAGCAAAGAACUACUCUUUCUUUUCCUAAGUUCUAUUUGGCAAGUCUUUAUGAUAAGUUUACUUGGAUGACAAGAUUGUAGUGGGAGGAGAAGGAAGGGAAAGUAUCAUACAAUUCCACAGAGCACGAAUCAGUUAUGUGCAUUGUAUCUUAUUUACCUCUUCCGCCAUCUCUUCUGAUCUUUCCUCAUAAGUAAACCAAGAUU